AUGUUCUUCCCAUCUCCGCAGAUCGACGUCCUGCCAGAGAUUGUGGCCGCCGUGGGUGACAAGAUGGAGGUCUACCUGGACAGCGGAGUGCGCACGGGCGCCGACGUGGUCAAGGCGCUCGCGCUGGGAGCACGGGCUGUCUUCGUGGGGCGGCCGGUGCUGUGGGGGCUCGCCUAUGACGGCAAACACGGUGUCCGAAGGGUCCUGCGAAUACUGAGGGAUGAGUUGGAGCACACGAUGCGGCUGCUCGGUUGCUCCGACGUUAACGACUUGUGCGAAGACUUCGUCGUUCACGAGAGCUGGUACCCGAGGCCACUGCGGUGUACUCCGGGACAGCAACACAACGGAGUGUGACCGCCGCAGUACAAGUACGGCGCUUUCAAGUGCGGAACACGCAAUCUACAGCAGGUGUCAAAAACAAAAAGAAAAUGAAAUAGAAAUAAAAAGAAUAAAGAAAAGAAAAACGA